UUUCGCGCACAUGCGCGUGUCGCCAGCUCCAAUGCCCACACGUGAGAUCGACGCGUUCCUUCCAGACCUAACGUGGUGAAGAUGGCGGAGAAUAAAUCAGUCCCCAGCGAUCUUUACAAAUCCGUGUACUCCUUUCUGCUGGAAAACAAAUUCGCCAAGGCGGCCCAGCAGUUUUUGAAGCAGACUAAAGUGAACCCGCAGGAUCAAAAUGAGGAGAGAUUACUCGACAUCUACAACUUUUGGGCAAAGUCUCCCGAGGCAAAGAAACGAAAGGCAAUUCCCGGCUCUGCUAAAGCCACCAACGGACCUGCCGCUAAGAAAGCGAAGGGUGCUGCAGAAAGCUCCAGUAGUGAAGACUCCAGCGAUGAGGAGGUGGAGGCGGCUGCCGCUAAGACCACCCCGGCAGCUGUGAAGGCUGUGCCUGCUAAAGCUGCAGCUGCCAAAGCCGCAUCGAGCAGCAGCGAGGAUUCCAGUGAGGAUGAGGCUCCACCUGCAAAGAAAGCUGCUAAGGCCACACCUGCUAAGGCCACACCUGCAAAGGCUCCAGCCCCGACUCCCGCGGUAGCAGCAGCAGCCAGGAAGAAGGACACCAGCUCCAGCAGUGAGGAGUCUGACUCUGAGGAUGAGAAGGCCCCCAAAGCCCCCGCCACCAAACCGAAGGCUGCAACAGCCACAACACCGAAGGCUGCUGUUGCGGCUAAAGCGACACCAAAAAAGAAGGAAAGCAGCAGCGAGGACAGCUCUUCAGACUCUGAGGACGAGGAACCCGCCAAGGCUGCAGUCAAGCCGGCGCCUAAGAAGCCUGCAGCACCUGCUAAACCCGCUGCCGCCGCUGCAAAAUCUAGCAGCGAGGACUCUUCAUCAUCUGAGGAGGAGGAGGCGGCUCCUCCAGCCAAGAAGCCCAAAGCAGGAGCGUACAGCGCUGUCCCGCCACCUGCCCCCGCCGUCGCAGCAGCAGCCGCCCCCCCACCCAAGGCCAAGGACGACAGCUCUUCAGACAGCAGCGACGAGGAAGAGGCGGCACCAGCUAAACCGGCCCCCGUCAAGACCACCCCGGCCAAACCCAAAACCCCUGCGAAGAAGGCGGCCAGCUCUGACAGUUCAGACUCCAGCUCUGAUGAAGAGGAAGUGAAGAAGAAGCCCGCAGCCAAAAAGACCCCAGUGAAGACUACCCCGGCUAAGGCUGCUCCUGCGAAGGAAGACUCUUCCUCCUCAAGUUCCGAGGAGGAAGAGGAGGUGAAGAAGACCCCAGCAAAGGCGACUCCUGCUAAAGCCGCCGCAGCGAAACCUGCGCCGGCUAAAGCCACACCUGCUAAAGCCACGCCUGCUAAAGCCACGCCUGCUAAAGCCACGCCUGCUAAAGAGUCUUCCUCUGAAGACUCCAGCUCAGAUGAAGAGGAGGCUGCGGCGGCAGUGAAAAAGCCCGUGGCCAAGGCCGUGGCCAAGGCCACUCCAGCGAAGACCCCGCCGGCCAAGGCGGCCCCCGCCAAGAAGGACUCCUCCAGCGAAGACAGCAGCUCUGAAGACGAGGCCCCAGCUAAGCCCGCUGCUAAGCCCGCUGCACCCGCAGCCAAGCCUGCCAAGCCCGCCGCCACCUCCACGCCCAAAGCCCCGGCCAAGGCGGCAGAGAGCAGCUCAGACUCGUCAUCCGAAGAGGACGAGCCUGCAAAGGCUAAACCAGCCUCCAAGCCGGCCACGCCCGCCGCCGCCAAGCCUGCCGCCGCCAAGCCUGCUGCAGAGAGCAGCUCCGACUCGUCCUCUGAGGAUGAAGCUCCUGCUAAGGCCAAGGCCAAGGCCAAGCCCGCAGCGGCAGCAGCUAAACCAGCGGCCUCCAAGCCGGCCACCCCGGUAGCAACGCCAGCUGCUGCUGCAGAGAGCAGCUCCGACAGCUCCUCUGAGGAGGAGGAAGAAGCGGCCAAGCCCGCGGCCAAGUCACCUGCAGCCAAGUCACCUGCAGUGGCCAAGCCAGCUGCGGCCCCGGCCAAGAAGGCUGCAGAGAGCAGCUCCGACAGCUCGUCGGAGGAGGAGGAGGCGGCGGCCAAGCCUGCAGCAAAGUCACCUGCUGCUAAGUCACCUGUGGCCAAGCCAGCCCCUGUGAAGAAGGCAGCAGAGAGCAGCUCCGACUCCUCUGAUUCUGAGACGGAGGCCCCCGCCAAGGCCACUCCGGCCAAGGCCACCCCCGCUAAGGCCACCCCGGCCAAGACCACCCCCGCUAAGGCCACCCCGGCCAAGGCAGCAGCCAAGCCCAAGGAGUCUUCCUCCAGCGACAGCAGCUCCGAGGAAGAGGCGGCCCCCGCUAAGGCCACCCCGGCCAAGACCACCCCCGCUAAGGCCACCCCGGCCAAGGCAGCAGCCAAGGCCGAGUCGUCCUCCAGCGACAGCAGCUCCGAAGACGAGGCACCGCCGGCCAAGAGCACCCCGGCUGUCACUCCCAAGAGCACCCCGAAAGCCAAGGCUAAAGCCGCCAGCAGCUCCGAAGACAGUUCCUCAGACGAGGAGGCGGCGGCGCCGGCGCCCAAGGCAGCCACGGCCCCCAGUACACCGGUCACCAACGGAAUAAACGGUAAGAGUAAAGCAGAUGACUCUUCUGAGAGUGAGGAGGAGGAAGAAAAGACCCCCAAAACAAAGAAGGUCAUAACCACGCCACAAACUUUCCCCAAAGUCCACGCAAAGAAUGUGCCUUUCCGUAGAAUAAGAGAGGAAGAGAUUGAGGUGGAUCACAGACUGGCCAACAACUCGUUUGACGCCAAGCGGGGCUCAAAUGGAGACUGGGGCCAGAAGGCCAACGACGUCCUGAGGUACACAAAGGGAAAGUCCUUCAAACACGAAAAGACCAAGAAGAAGCGCGGCAGCUACUGCGGCGGGGCCAUCUCAACAGGCAUCAACUCCAUCCGCUUUGACAGUGACUGAGGAGGUCCCCCCGCUCAACCGUCCAACCACACCUGAACUGUUUACCCCCCCCACUAGAGAGAAUCCCCAUCAUGGCAGGACUUGAAAUAUCCGAACCGAGGAUUAUGACACCACCCCCCCCCCCCCCCCAUUGGCUGCCCGUAGUCAACGAGAGACUCAUCCUCCAAGAUGACCCCAUGGAGAAGGCUACAGGAGGGGUGCCCCUCUAUUGUGCCUUACGUUGAUGGCGUCGAAGCGUGUCCCAGGUUCACACACUGCUGUGGCCACUAGGUGGCGGUAGGUCCCCAGUUAACGUUUAGUUUAUUUUUUACUUAAAAUGUGUAUUGACUCUCUGUCCUUAAUCAUCCAUUGCGAUAUCUGGAUUGAGUUUAUUUGUGUAUAUGAAUGUUAAGAAAUUAGCCAUAUAUCAUAAAACGUUAGUUGAGCCGGCAUAUAGAAUGCCAUGGAUCUUUGUGUUAAAUGGUCUGGUGGGGGAAUUCAAAUUGAUAAGUUUAACUUUAAAACUGGCUUUGAAAACUGGAGUUCUUUGUUUCCAUGUUAUACAGCUAGAGACCUGGGUUUUAUAUUUUAGUAUUUAUUGCACCGUUUUAGUCCCGUUUUCUUUCCUAAGCAUUAAGCAACCAUGCUGAAUUUGAAACUUCUAUCAAAAGUAGGAGGGGCCCACCCCACUCCAGAUUGUUAAGUGGCGUACUAUUGCGGUGUUAAUACGUUACCAUCCUGAUUGACAGUCCUGGGGAAUUGAAAUUACUUGACCCCAAGUAUGUGAAUUUCACGUGUUUGACCAUAAUCGGCCAAUUUAAUUUCGUUUUUCUGUAUUGUUUUUUGUUACUGUAAUUAAAAUCUUGAAAAUUAA